AUGACGCCCGACGCAAAAAACACCAUCACGCACCACCCCAAUGUCUUCAACCUCCAGCGUCUGCAACCAGGCUCCAGCCGCAGCAGCUCGAAAGGACCUGCCGCCCCAAAUGCUUCUAGCACCGGCGUCGAGGCUCUCGAAGUGAAGGACCAAGAUCCGGUCGAGCGCCACCACUCCGCCCUCACCGAUGUAGAGAGCCAGUUCACCGCAACCCGCAACUCUCGCGUUCCGCGUCUAUCAGCCGAAAGCGACCCCUACGGACUAUCUCUAUCCUAUAAAACGGAUUCGGAUCUCGAGCAAAUCAAGGCCAACUCAUCUCGAAAGAGGGACAGUGAGCGAGGUGCCAAUGGAGCCCAGGGAAAUGGCCCAAAGCGCGACCACCGCAAAGUCCGCGGCUUUUACGAGAAUCAAAACGCCACCAUCGAGCGAAUGCUGAAGUCGGUUGAAGAGCACGUAGAGGAAGCCCGUGUCGAGCAAGGGGAGGACCAGACAAAGGUCAAGAUUGCCAUCUAUGGCUCGCUUGCAGCCAACAUUGUCCUCACCGCCCUCCAGCUCUAUGCCGCCAUCACCUCCGGAUCGCUGUCUCUGUUCACCACCAUGGCGGAUGCUGUUUUUGACCCGCUUAGCACCCUCGCUCUCAUUCUGUCCAACCGCGCUAUUAGCAAGGUGGACCCGCGACGCUUUCCUGCUGGCAAGGCGCGACUCGAGACGGUGGGCAACAUUGUCUUCUGCUUUCUCAUGAGCGCCGUGGCCCUCAUCAUCAUCGCCUUCUCAGCUAGAGAGCUAGCCUCCGGGGAUGGCGACAAGAAGUUCCAUCUCCCGUCGGUCAUCUCCGUUUGUGCGGCCUUUGCGACCAAAUUCUGCCUCUUCCUGUACUGCUGGUCUCUAAAGGACAAAUACAGCCAGGUCAACAUUCUGUGGCAGGAUCACCGCAACGAUCUGCUUGUUAAUGGCUUUGGUAUCUUGACUUCGGUAGGUGGUGCAAAGCUGGAAUGGUGGAUUGAUCCCAUCGGUGCUAUUCUCUUGUCUCUCCUGACUUCUGGCAUCUGGCUCUACACUGCCUUCAACGAGUUCCUGCUACUGGUUGGCGUUGUUGCGCCUCUAGACAUGCAGCAGCUCAUCACAUAUGUGUGCCUGACCCACUCGGAUGCCGUUGAGGGCAUUGAUACGGUUCGAGUCUACCACUCGGGACCGCGGCUGAUUGCCGAAGUGGACAUUGUCAUGGAUGCAUCGCGGACGCUUAGAGACACGCACGAUGUCGCAGAAGAGCUGCAGUUCAAGCUCGAGAGCCUGCCCGACGUUGAGCGGGCCUACGUUCAUAUUGACUACGAGACCACUCACAAGCCGGAGCACGCCUACAAGAAGGACCUUUGA